AUGUCUUCAGCACUCAAGGCAAAUCAAAUCGCAGCCGGUCAAAAGUGGAAAGCACACAAGCGUGACAAAAUUACCGAGCUCAACGCGAUCCAGUCUCCGCUCCUCCGUCUACCCGCCGAGAUCAGGGAGAUGAUCUACACAAAUGUCUUCCGCAAUGAGAUCUUCGAGCUUGAUCAGAAUCUCAAGCCUGAUGUCGAGGCGUGGAUCCUCAACGGGGCUGUUACACUCACACCUCACGAUACCGAUUCGCAUCCUCAGAGAUACCCAGGCAUGGAGCUGCUUCUUGCUUCUCGCCAAAUCUAUCAAGAAGCCGCUCUACAUCCUUACAAGCUCGCAACAUUCGACUUCGGUGUCUCAUUCAACUCCGGCCGCCUUGUUGGAAUCGGUCCUAAGCAUAUAGCUAUGAAGUUCUUUCUGAAGGAGAGAUCAAUGGCGCAAGCUGAGGUUCUUGCCAGGAUGCAGGUCUGUGUGAGUGAGAGACAAUGGGCUCCUCAAAGAGCUUUAGCGAGCAUGGUGACGGCGAACAGGAGCACGGGGAGCAUGAGGACGGGAGACGUUGCAUACUGGGCUGCAAAGUUGGGCUGCCAGGACUUCUUCUCUUAG